AUGAGCUCGAUAUCUUUUCCGGCGGGUCAUCAUGCGCCACGGAGUCUGCACAGCACGUGGAAACAAAUGCCGGUCUGGAGCAAGGCGUCGUUGAUGGUUGUCACAUCCUCUUCCGCUCUGUUCAUCACGCUGUUUCUCAAUAGCUACCGGAAAUGGAAAGCAAUGGGCCCUGGGGGCCUACCAUACUCCAUGAAGGGCUAUCUGCUCAACUUGUACGUGACUUUGUCGAUGGCAUAUUCCGACACCAAGACCAUCGCGGUCUACGAGCGGCCUGGGGACUUUUCGUCGCAAUGGCUCCAAGCUUCGGAGGCAGAACGAAGCGAAUCGCAAAAGGUAUUUCUCAAGACGCCACUACAACAUCGUGUGGGACCACCGACUCGAGCCUUGCCAUUUGCAAUACCUCAACGCGAGAAAAAUGCGGACGUGGAUGUGGAUGCCGAACUACGACGAAAAUACCUAGCGGCUUUCGAUGAGCUACAACACACCAACAGCGAAACCACAGAGUGGAAGACGUCUUUGUUGGAGAAGCGUGGGAAAGCGCUGUUUCUCAAGUCUAAUCUGCCGUUGCGUUGUCUGGCCGCCCCUAGCCACCGCGAGAUCUGCCAUAUCCAUUCAUCUGACAUGUCGGCACAUGUUACCCUGUCUUUGGCCGACGCUCGAGAGGUGAUCACAAAGGGCUUUGGAGAGCGGCAUCGCCUGUCUGGGACAAAACUGCUACCACUUGGUUACACAAUGCUAUACGUUCCUCGUUCGUCGGAUGAAGUGGAUGUCCUGGUCAAUAUCCUCCAGGCGGGUAUCGAUUAUAUGCGUUCUGGCUGA